CUUUCCUUUCACCGGUUUCCCGUUCACGCCUGUGAUUUCAUCCCCGGCUGCCAGCGUCCCAUCCAGAGCUGCCGGAGUGUUAUCAAAGACCUGGGAGGCAACAGCAGCCACAUUAGAAAAGGAAGAAACACUGUCUGUAGAUAAAGACCAUCUUCAAACAACUUCCAUCAGCUGCAGGACUGUUCACCAGCAUCCAUUAUGAGCAUGGAACUUGAGCUGAAGAAUGUGGAUCUGAGAGUUGGAGAUAAAGUGAAAGUAAAGGGGGAAAUUCUGCAUGAUGCUGGGAGAUUCCAGAUCGACCUUGGCCGUGAUGCUGACGACCUGGCGUUACACUUUAAUCCACGUUUCCAUGACGACGCCGACGGAGCCGUCCUUGUGUGCAACUCCAAGACGGGUGGUUGUUGGGGCGACGAGAAACGGGAAAUACACAACCCCCUGGAGAGGGGCAGUGAUGUUAAGAUUGUGUUGAAGCUGGCUGGAGACGUGUUUGAAGUGGAACUUCCUGAUGGACAAGAAGUCCAGUUUCCCAACCGUACUGAUAUGGACGUCAUCAGUUACAUCAGAGUCACAGGAGACUUCAAACUGACGUCCUUCAAGAUCUGCUGAGACCCAAAUGCUGUGACACACUGUGUUUAACAGUUUGGUUGUAAAUGAGACAGUCAUUUAUUGUAAGAAAUGCUAAUCAUUAUAGAGAUGUAGAUCUUUAAUACAUGGGAAAUGUAUCUUUAAUCAAAAUGUCCUGUUGUGAAAAACAAUAUAAAGUGUUUAAAAUUCAAA